ACAAACAGAUAGCAGUAGUAGUGGAGUGUCGCAUUGUGUAUGUAAUCUAAACUAGUGUAGUGGUGCAAAUCCAUUGUCAGAAUUUCUCUUUGUUUAGAGCUUCGUUUGCAAUAAAUAAAUAAUCAUAUAAUGAUACAAACAGAGGGAACCUCACAAUUACCUUGGCCUGCAGGCUUUCCAUCACCAUCUUCUCUAUUUUGUCUAGCAUGGCCAAAUAUAGAUAGAUAUAUAUAUAAAAGAUCAUCUAUGUACCAACCACCACAGAUUAAUUAGUAUCUUAUUCAAUUAAAAUGGUAAUCCUCUCUCUUUCUUUCUUCCUUCAUUUGCCUUGGUUUGUUUGAGCUAGCAUGCAACUUUUUUAUGUGAUACUGAUGAUCAUUUUGAUUAUUUCAGGCGAAUAGCUGCAGGGGGAAGGCAGUGUUGCUGACUGUAUAUGUGGAGAAACCAAGGAGGAGGUCUUCCUCCAGGAACAAGCACCACCACCAUCAUCACCACCACCACUAUCACCAUCUCCAUCACAACAACAGGCAUGUUGCUGCUGGUGGUAAUACAGGAUACAACAGACGAGCACAGCUUCUUCAAUACUCGCAAAACCUUCGCGAUCACUCUGCAUCCACCAACCACCCACCUAAAACAAACCAAAUGGUUGCUGUCAAAAGAAAGCCAAAACAUGGAAGGACACCUACUUGUUUGGGAAACUGGAAAUUUUCAGUUCAAAGCCUUUUCAGAUCUUUAACGAGCCUCCAAUCUAAGCAAAAGACCAAGAAAAAUACAGAAAGAGGAUCUACAAGCAAUAAGAUCAAAUCUGUAAUGAAAAGCCUGGAGGUAAGAGAAACAUAAUUUUUAUUUUUUUUUCAUUUUCGACAUUUUAAUCUUACCUAGAAGAGUUCAAAAAAAAUUCUUUCAGAUGCCAAGGAAGAAGGGAUUCCUGUCAAAACUAUUUGCUUCAGUACGCAAGCAUCGGUAAUGUUUGCUAAAUUCACUUUGAUUCACUGCAUAGUAUUUUAUGUAUCUUUCGAAAGGGAAGAGUCACACUGCUACUGUAGAUUUGGACUUAUACACUACUAGAAGUAUUCAUUGAUCAGGAAUAUGAAACUUAUAAUUCAAUUUUCAUUCUUGAAACAUAAAUUUCCAGUUAUAUCUCUCAGUCUGUUUGGGAUGGUGAUGGAGGUUAACUAGUUGACAGUGUUGGAUUUGAUAUUUAAUUAUGUGAGGCAU